AUGGCCACACCCAAGCGAACAACAGGCAAAAUGGGCCAUCCUGAGCCACUGGUGGUGCUUCCCUCUGCGACACACACGUUCAGCAUCAUUCUCCUCCACGGCCGCGGCAGCAAUGGUCCACGCUUUGGCCUCGAGUUCCUCGAGUCAAGAACUUCUGGCGGCCAGACUCUCCAGGAGCUAUUUCCUUCCGUCAAGUUCAUCUUCCCCACGGCCAAGAAGCGCCGAUCGACAGUUCUCAAGCGUGUCAAGAUCAACCAAUGGUUCGACAACUAUUCUCUCGACGAUCCGACGGAGAGGCAGGACCUACAAUACGAGGGCUUGACGGAGACGACGCAAUUUCUACACCAACUUAUCGAGGAAGAAGGGACGACGUUGCAGGGAGGGGUGAACAACGUUAUCGUGGGAGGACUGAGCCAGGGCGGUGCAAUGGCGUUGAUUGCGUCCCUGAGCUUCGCGGCAGAGGAUCAUCAUGACUCCUCCUUCUCCAAGCAGGUCGAGGCGGCGUCCAAGGACGCAGCUACUGCCAGCACCACCAGCUCUUACAGGGGCUCGUCGCUGGGUGGAUUUAUUGGCAUGAGCGGAUGGCUUCCGUUUGCCCGUGACAUAGUUUCCGCUGCUUUGCCGAACAACCCAGACGGGAAUGAUGACGAAUACGACGACCACAGUGACCCUUUCGUCAGGACGUCCAGUGACAGCCACACUGUCCUGAGCGAGGAGACCCGAGCGCCACGGGGACCCGACGCGGAAGACUCCAUCUCGAAUCGACUGCUGCGCGCCGCAAACUUCGCCAGAGACCUGGUGGACCUUGAGCCGCUACAGGGAAGGGUAAUGCAGGACGAGCAGAAAGUUGAAAUGACUCCGAGAGAGGAACGACCAAAUAGCAUGCCUUACUUCUUGGGCCACGGCGUUCUCGACGAGAAAGUGUCGGUUCACCUGGGUACGCAGAUCAGGGAUGUGCUCCUACAGCUGGGCCGGGACGUCACAUGGAAGCAGUAUGAUGAUUUGGGCCACUGGUACAAGACGCCGGAUGAGUUGGAUAAUAUUGCGAACUUUCUACAAGAAAAGGUUGGUAUGGUAUGA